AUGUCGGGGGAAACGAAAGGAAUAGAUGAGGAGGCUGACAACUUGAGAAGUGAGCGAAUUGCUUAUAAUAGAAAGAUAUUAUGUGCAAUAGUUGAGACAGUUGUUCUGGCUGGCCGACAAAAUAUUGCUUUGAGAGGACAUCGAGAUGAUUCGCAGCAUUACUCUUCCACCAAUCCGGGCAAUUUUCAGGCGUUUUUAAAUUACAGAGUUAGUGGUGGUGAUAAGGUUCUUGCCGAUCAUUUUAAGAAUGCAAAGAAGAAUGCCACGUACCGCUCCAAGACUAUACAAAAUAAGCUGGUCAAGAUCUCUGCUAAACAAAUCGAAAGCCAAAUUAUUUCGGAGAUAAACAACAGCAAUUCUCCAUUUUACUCGGUUCUCACAGAUGAGGCAGCUGAUUGUGGUAACAAGGAACAAAUGCCAAUCUUUUUGCGGUAUGUUGACGGUGAUAAAGAAAUCAACAAAAGAUUCAUUAGGUUUGUCGACUGCCAAGAAGGUAUGACUGGUCUCGCAUUGGCAAAUAAUGUUGAAGGUACACUUGAAGAUGUCAGGCUUCCCCUUCCAAAUUGUCGAGGCCAGGGAUAUGACGGUGCUAGUGCUAUGUCCAGCCAGGUAAAAGGUGUUUCUGGGAGAAUAUUAGAGAAAAACCCGAAGGCACUGUAUGUUCAUUGUUCCAGUCAUCGUUUAAACCUUAUUGUUGCCAAAGCGUGUUCAAUUCUCCCAGUGAAAAAUAUGUUGAGUCAGGUACAAAAGAUCGCCAGCUUUUUUAGCAGUUCCCCUAUCCGCUCGCAGUAUCUAAGUAAAAAGAUGAAAGAGUUUGGUUUAACCCGUAACAAGCUCGCAAAGCCUUCCACGACACGGUGGGUAGAACAAAUAACUUCCCUUGAUGGUUUUCUGGAUGCAUUUGAAGUUAUCUACGAAACACUCAAUUUUAUGCAGUUUGGAGGAUCGCAGGAAGAGCCAUUUCCCAGAUCAGCUAGUGACGCACAGUCUCGUUUUCGUAACGUGGAGAAAUUUGAAUUUAUGGCGGCUCUUGUUAUCACCCAACAUGUUCUGGAUCAUACUUUGUCAUUGACGGUCCAAUUACAAAAGAAAAAAAUCGAUAUUGUGGAAUCUAUAAAACAGAUUAAUCUUUUAAAGGAUGAAAUGGCAAAACUACGUGCCUCUGUUGAUUUAUUCCACAAUGAAUACUACAACAAGCUGUUGGAAUUAGCUAAUAACCUCGAUGUGGCUGAGUGUUAUCCCCGGGUAUGUAAAGCUCAAACGAAAUGUGAUAAUCAUCCUACCAGUACAGCAUGUGAUUACAACAGAUUAACAGUAACCAUUCCACUUAUUGAUCACGUCAUCACGGAGAUUGAAUAUCGGUUUCCUUCAGAAAUGUGCAACCUCUACAAUGGUUUUAUAUCCUUCAUCGCAAUUUUUUUCAUUGUAAGGGAAUAA